AGCGUAUUGCAUUCACUUGAAAAUUUAUUUUUUGGUUUGUUUUUCUGAGUAAUUAAUUUUUUUGUCUGUUUUUCUGAGUAAUUUUUUUCUGUUUUUCUGAGUAAUUUAUUUCAAAUUUUCUGAAUAUUAUUAUUUUUUCUUUUUUCUGUUUUUCGGAGUAAUUUUUUUUUGGUCUGUUUUUCGGACUAAUUUUUUUCUGAGUUUAGAGAGCAUUUGAAACAAUAGACGCAUUCAUUCCUUUAUUGAGAGCUCGAUACAACGGAAACAAACAUGACUGACUUGUUUAGUUCAAUCAAGUUUUACUUUGAUCUGGGUUUAAGACACUGGGAGAUAGUCCUGUCUUUAAGUCAUAUAGAUGGUAUUAUCAUUAGUUUGUCGACUCUACGCAGGCACCUGAGGACUUUGCGGUUGUUCCGAAGGAAAGCCCGUUCAGAUCUGCUAGACAUAGCAGUGUUUCUCCAGGAUCAGCUGGACAGAUAUGGCAUGCUCCAUGGAUACAAGAUGAUGCAUUUGAAAUGCAUUCAGUCUGGCUACGUGGUGACUCAAGAGACGAUCAGGAGACUGCUGAAAAUAAUGGAUCCGCACGGUGUGCAGCUGAGGCGCCGGAAUCGCCUUCGGCGGCGUAUGUACCAGAAUCCAGGCCCAAACUUUUUGUGGCAUGUAGACUCGUAUGAUAAACUCAAACCGUACGGGAUCUGCAUCAAUGGUGCAAUAGAUGGGUUUUCACGAAUGGUGAUUUGGCUACAUGCUUACUCUACUAAUAGUGAUCCCAAGAUAAUCGCGCAAUACUUCAUUGAUGAGGUGUCAUCAAGGAAUGGAACUGCUGCCCGAAUUCGUUCGGACCUCGGAACCGAAAACUGUUACGUUGAACAAAUGCAGAUGUUCUUGAGGCACGAUCAUCUGGACAACUUUUCGCACAGAUGUUAUCUGUAUGGAUCGAGCAAUCACAACCAAAGAAUAGAGAACUGGUGGGGCUUUUUAAGAAGGCAACACGCACAGUUCUGGAUGAACCUGUUCCAAGAAUUAAAAGACUCAGACUCCUUUUCUGGUGACUUCCUGGACAAAAGUCUCAUUCAGUUCACAUGUCUUGAAAUAAUAGAGAGAGAACUGAUGGAAGUUGUUCACCUCUGGAACACUCACAGAAUUCGCCCAUGCAGAAAUGCUGUGUCUCCAGGUGGGCGCCCAGUGAUGAUGUACACCCUACCCCAACUUUUUGGUGCCAGAGAGUACCUGAAAGAGGUAUCCCAACAAAAGAUAGAAGCCUGCAGAGAGGAAUGCCUUCAGAGAGGACCGUAUCCCUGUGAUGAUACAGUGUUUGACAUUUGCUGCCUUGCCAUGGCAGAAAACAGUCUUCAUCCACCCAUCUCUCCAGAAGAAGCUAUUGAGCUUUACAGGUUCUUACGUGCUUACAUACAAGCUCAAAUUUAAUGAUCACAACCUGCUCUACUGGAUCAAAUGACUGGAUGUAAGCCUCCACAUAAGGGUAGAAAAUCUUAUGGACCAUGAAUUUCACUGUAUAGGGUAUUGUGUUUAAACAGUAAAUAACUGUGAACUCUUUACUUAUGGACAUCUCCCCUUUGUGCUUUGUAUAUCCACUUUCUAUUAAUUAUGGAAAAAUUACACAUCAAAAUAAGUGCUUACAGUCCAAAACAGCAAAAGCAGCAAAACAAUUACAUGUAACAAAAUUUGGUGAAUAUGUAUGCAUCUAAAAUUAGUUGGUGAUUAUCAUGUCAUCUCUCAAACAUAUAAACAGAUCACACAUCAUUUUCUUAUGUAUUUGAAUGAAAUGUCAUUCUACAAAUUUAUGUUGAAAUGCAGUUGUCAUUAAACUUUCAGCAAAUGAA